AAAAUCCCCCUCAUUGACUGCACAUAGUUCCUGAAGACUUCAACUAGCUGAUGAACACUUGACAUAAGAGAACGACAUGCAAAAAGACAAGGUUUUAAGAAUGAAAGUUGUCCUACUAAUGCUGUCUUUGUGCCUCACACUGUCUGGGGCACAAGGUGAGGGGAACAGUUUAUCUAACAGUCAGGUUGAAACCUGCUCCUUCAUCAGUGAGCUGGCUGUGCUGAAGGAAAAACUGAACACCAUGGAUCAGAAGCUAGGAGCUGUGGAGACCAGGCUACAAGUCAGUGAGAGCCAGGUGGAAGAACUGAAAAGUGUGAACAAAGCUCAAGAAGAAGAACUGAAAACAUUAAAGAAGGACAUAGCCGCUGGUCAGCCAAAGGUGGCCUUCUCCGCAGCUCUAAGAACAUCUGGUUCUGGUUACAUAGGACCCUUCAACACUCACACACCCUUGCAGUACAAAAGAGUCUUCUCCAACUUCGGCAGUGGAUACAACGCUGCUACAGGGGUCUUCACAGCCAUGGUCAAAGGAGUGUAUUACUUCCGCUACACCAUGUUCUACAAUGGAAACGCCAACGCUGUUGUGGCUUUGAUGAAGAACGAGGAAUUUCUCGUGUCCACAUGGGAUGCUACGUCAGGAAGUAGUGAAGAUUCCGCCAGCAAUGCUGCCAUAGUGCAGCUGGAGGUGGGAGACAAUGUCUUCGCCCGGCUCUCAGCUAACAGGAGAGUCUACGAUGAUGGUGGAAACUACAACACCUUCAGUGGUUUUCUGCUCUUCAUCAACUAAUAUUAACAACAAGUUUACAUUUCAUUUGGCUGUAAACAGAAGUGUUUUCAGAAAUUCUAUCACAGUAAAAAAAAAUUAAAAAAA